AUGUCGGUCUCACCGUCUGGCUCUCCGCCUCGUCGGGCAUUGCACCAGCGAAGUAAUUCACAGAACAACGCUCAGAGCAGUCGUCUUGGGAUUCGCCUUGUUCCUUACAGUCCGCCAAGGGUUGCAUCAGAUGCCACUGCCACAUCGUCCAAGACCAUUACCCAGGCUGACACGAAUACCGAGACCGAUACGGAACUUGAACGGAGUCAGACAUCGCAUUCCUCCAGUCCACCGUUUGAAACACCAUCACCAUCCCUGCAAAGGGCACGAGCGAAAACGACUGCGUUACCUCCGUCAUCAUUCAAAGGUCUGGCUCGAUAUCCAUCAUCCGAUUAUGAACCCAGCCAAUCCUCCUGGGCGCCCCAUUAUGAUAACGAUGACAAUACCUCUAUUGCUUCACGCCCACCUUCUCGCGGACCUUCAGCCUCACCAAGACCCCCCUCUCGUAAAAAGGUUAUCAAGGUUAACCCUGACAAAACCUUCUCUGUACAAUAUCAUAAUGUUUCAAUGUCUUCAAGAGUCGAAUCUCUCUGGUCUCUUCCCCCAUCUUUCACUACUGGCAACACCUCCUACGGCCGAGAAUCUGUGGGUACGAUAGGCGAGGAUCGUCAAAGCCGGCCAACUUCACCUUUGACUCCUCUUGCAGAACGAGAGCCCAGUUCUCCAAUUAUUCCGUCUCGGAUUCAAGACCCAUCAACCCCCGACAAUUCGUCACCGUGGAACUACCGCCUGUUUGGGGGCCUGCGUAAGGUACCUAAAACUCCUGACGUGAAGCAAAAACAACCAGAGACCCAAGAUGUUACAGCUGAAUUGUCCCUCCCUCCACUGCCUGAGGUUGAUCUUCCUCUUUCUGAGGCAGGUCCUUCUAAGUGGCUUAAUGAGAAGACAUCCUUCCACUCUUCGUCGUCUGAUCAAACAAGAACCACUGUAUCCAACAGAACCAACAUCAAAACUUACAGAGAGAGUUCACCAGUCAACGUCGCCGACUUGCGUAGCCUGCCGCCAUCGUCGAUUCAUUCCAACAUUGAGUUAAUUGGUGAUCCCUCUUCAGCAGAAGCUUCAUUAUACGCCAGCACUCGGCCACCAACCGAAGACAGCAACGUCAACUUUGUCACACACGGUAGUCACCGCAGUCACUCCGCUUCUUCCUCUAUCGUUGCUGUCAGGCAUCGUGUACAGCCUGAGUUCUCUCAAGAGAGCUUGGUUGUUGCCCCAUUACAGCCACGUAAAAGGAGGUCUUCGGAUACCUUUGCCCUCACCAGAACUCGAUCCCGUGAAACUAUCCGAUCUCGCUCUGCAUCGAUAACUUCACUGUCAACCAUCUUCACUCAAGAAGCUACUCGUGCUCUCUUUGUUGGGCCGCCAACAAUACUCCAGCACGCUGGUCCUUCGUGGCAAGACCUAGGCCGACCUCAAUCGCGGACUCACCAAUGGAGCGGCCAAUUGUCAACAGUCAUGUCAGAAAGCGAGGGUGGCAGCGAGCCCGCAUCUCGCACCCUGUCGCUAUCUUCCGUUCCCCGUCGACGUGGCAGUGACCACAGCAAGCAUGUCUUGAGCAUGACCUCCUCACUCUUUGGCCUUGAAGAGCAUGUCGAGAGCCCUUCUCAGUCAAGAGGCAGCACUCCGUCCCAUUCGAGAAAUAGCUCUCUAGAACCCCCUUCCGCCACAUAUGCCAGAAACUCAGCCCGUGAUCCCGCGACUGGCACAAUACGUUUGGUUCGCGAUCAUGAUGAAGAUGGAGACGGCCUCGCCGAUUUGGAAGUACUUCAUCAUCGUCCUUCACGAACAAGAAUGGGAAGGUUCUUGUCAAGCUAUGCCUCGGAUCGUAGCCUGCGAUCAACUGCCAGUUUCAACGCUGCAGUUCCUGCUUGGGCCAAGGUUUACUACGGCAGUGGUGAGCGUAAGUGGUUGGCUGCUCAGCCUUCAAUGGAGUCGAUGUAUGACUCGGACUUCAACGAAAGCGAGCUUCAUGAGCCUCAACUCAGCCGAUCACCCAGCCAGGAUGCCAAUGCCACCAACAUUCGCAUUCCCAGACGCCGACCUCGUGACGCAUUUCCCCGACAACAUUCAAAUGCAGGCUCAAUGGACGUCAGCGCGGCGCCGGCUCACCCCGUACUGGCUGUUGUGCGUAACAUCAAGAAACAAACCUCCAGUAUCUGGUCGCCUCACUUAGCCCGGGAUCGACGACCUUUCCAGCACAGCAUCUGGCAGCCUCCAGCGUCGGAAUGGGAAGCGAGGAGUGAGUUGACUGGCCGGCGCAAUGCUCAAGUCACAAUGUUCGUGGUGGGAUUUAUUUUCCCAUUGGCUUGGAUGUUUGCUGCAUUCAUUCCUAUUAGGGCGGCUACUCAAGCCGGAGAUGUUGAGGGCAACAACAGUACGUCUAAGUCAGACGGAUUCCAGGUGGACGGCAAAGAGGACGCCGUUUUUACGAGUGCAAUCUGGUGGAGGAAGGUCAACCGAGGCAUGUCCAUCAUCGGCUUGCUCAUUCUUGGUUCCAUCAUCGCGCUCAGCGUGAUAUCCUGUUUUGAUGACCCGGAUUACGAGAACAGUCCUGAUUCCCAAACCUCCCAUGGAAUUUCACGGCAUCUCAACAAUUGA